CAACUUCAUUGCCCUGCUAAUUCAGACCAUUCUCACAAUAGUUGUCGUAGAUUCAAGAGGCCUGGGACUGGACAUAGUGACCCAAGUCGACUAUGGGUUGUUGGAAGGGACCCGUAAGCCACGGCUGGAUUUAUCCCACCGUGAUCAUCUGUGCAAAUGGAUUUUUCACCACAAUGAGGCCAUCAGAAUCUUUUCUCACCCCCUAUCUAACAGGGCCAGACAAAAACCUAACAAUAGAAGAGGUUACCAACCAGAUUCUGCCAGUUUGGACAUACUCCUACCUCGCUCUCCUUUUCCCAGUGUUCCUGCUCACAGACUAUGUGCGCUACAAGCCCGUGCUGCUCCUGCAGGGCUCCAGCCUCAUCGUCACCUGGCUCCUGCUGCUCUUUGCACAUGGAGUGGUGGCCAUGCAGGUGGUGGAAUUCUUCUACGGCAUGGUCACAGCCACCGAGGUGGCCUAUUACGCCUACAUCUACAGCGUGGUCAGCACCCAGCACUACCAGAGGGUCACCAGCUACUGCAGGAGCGUCACUCUGGUGGCAGCCACCGUGGCCGCCGUGCUGGGACAGCUGCUGGUGUCCUUAGCACACGUCUCCUACUUCUACCUCAACGCCAUGACCUUGGCUUCCGUGUCCGUGGCCUUCCUGUGUGCAUUCUUCCUGCCCAUGCCCCAGAGGAGCAUGUUCUUCCACAGGAAGGAUGGCCCUGAGCCUCUGCCAGGGCCUGACAAAGGGCUGGCUGCGGGCACUGCCCACAGCCCCUCGAGCUGCCCGCAGGAAAGGAGCCCCGAGGCUGCUGCCAGGGGCCCGAGCCCCCAGCCCCAGGCUGGGAAUGCCAGGCCCCAGGGGCACAUGCUCAGCGUGCUGCUGCAGCUGGGCAGGGACCUGAGGGAUUGCUACGGCUCCCGCAAACUCCUCUACUGGUCCCUGUGGUGGGCUCUGGCCACGGCCGGCUUUAACCAGGUGGUGAAUUAUGUCCAGGUGCUGUGGGACCUGCGAGCCCCCUCCCACAGCUCUGCAGUGUACAACGGAGCUGUCGAAGCAAUAGCAACUUUUUUGGGUUCAGCAACAUCCAUGGCAGUCGGGUACGUUAAAGUAAACUGGGAUCUCUCUGGAGAACUGGCUUUGGCAAUUUUCUCUGCACUGGAUGCUGGCUCUCUGCUUCUUAUGCACUUCACUGACAACAUCUGGGCAUGUUAUGCUGGUUACCUUGCAUUUAAAGCUUGCUAUAUGCUCCUUAUAACAAUAGCAACGUUUCAGAUUGCUGUCAACCUCAGCAUGGAGCGCUAUGCUUUGAUGUUUGGCUUCAACAACUUUGUGGCACUGACGAUUCAGACGAUUUUAACUGUUGUUGUAGUAGAUUCAAAAGGUCUGGGACUGGAUAUCAGCACUCAGUUUCUCAUUUAUGGCAGCUACUUCACAGUCAUAACCGGAAUUUUCCUGAUCAGAAGCAUGUACACCAUAAUUUCCAUCAAAUGCAGAAAUACAAGUGUGGCUGCUGAAAGCACUGCCCCUUAACAACCAAGGCAAAAGCAAUGGUUACAAGUAACAAUGCAGAAGGCUCCAUCAUCUGGACAACAGAUCAGGAGAAAUAACGUUCAAUCAAGCAAAACUGGUCCAGGUUGAAGCAGGCUGUUUAUGAGCCUACUGCACAAACAGCUUUGUCAACAGGAUGAUGCAUUUGGUCUAUUUUCUUCACCAGGAGUUUAAUACAAAUAUUCCUCAAACAGUCUUCUAAUUCAAGUUCAGUGAUCCAACAUACAAAUUUCUAUCAAGAUUCGCUGAGCACAAGGACAUACAGAUGCCUGUACCUCACACCAGAGGAGCUCACAGAACAACCUUGGGACUUUCCCUCCUACUGAGUAUUUUAGUAUAAGGAAAUUUAGUUACUGACAGAAGACCAUCAGACAUGCCCAGGGAAUCUAAAGCAGUUGUACCAGACAAUGACAGGUCAGAAAAUUUGUCACAGAGGCCCUUCGAAAACUUGAAACUUUUCAUGUCUGCAUCUUCUUACAUUUGUAACAGCUGAUGUUUUAGGACUGAAGUGUACUCUAGGAGGUCUCCAUAUUAAUUUCUGUAUAAGGGGCCUAAAGUCUGCAAGUGAAGUGCUUUGAUGCAAAAGCAUAAAAACACAGCUUUUAGGCAACUAUGCUAUUUGCAUGAACAAUUGUGGGAACAACUGCAGAGAUUUCCACGAUAAAACAUUUAAAAUCA